AUGACGAGCGAGGAGUGUCCCGGAGGGCUGGCCAUGGCCCACGUCGGGGCGGGGCUGUGCGAGGACUACGGCCCCGCCCAGGGGGAGGAGGCCACGGAGGAGGCGGGGCCGGCCGAUGACGUCAGCAGUGAGCUCAGCACUCUGGUGGUGCCCUUCCCUAAGCUGGCCCCCAUCGUCUUCUUCUGCCUCAAACAGACCACCUAUCCCCGCAACUGGUGCAUCCGCAUGUUCUCCAGCCCGUGGUUCGAGCGUGUCACCAUGAUGGUGAUCCUGCUCAACUGUGUGACCUUGGGCAUGUACCAGCCGUGCGAGAACAUCGACUGCUCCUCCGAUCGCUGCCAGAUCCUACAGGCAUUCGAUGCUUUCAUAUACAUCUUCUUUGCCCUGGAGAUGGUGGUGAAGAUGUUAGCUUUGGGCAUCUUCGGCCAGCGUUGCUACAUGGGAGACACCUGGAACCGGCUGGACUUCUUCAUUGUCAUGGCAGGGAUGGUGGAGUACUCGCUGGAUCUACAGAACAUCAACCUGUCAGCCAUCAGGACGGUGAGGGUCCUUCGACCUCUGAAGGCUAUCAACAGGGUGCCAAGCAUGCGGAUCCUGGUGAACCUGCUCCUGGACACUCUGCCCAUGCUGAGAAACGUGCUCCUCCUCUGCUUCUUCGUCUUCUUCAUCUUCGGCAUCAUCGGCGUGCAGCUGUGGGCGGGGCUCCUGCGGAACCGCUGCUACCCAGAGGAGAACUUCACUCUCACCACGGGCCUGGCCCUCCCCCGACCGUACUACCAGCCCGACCAGAACGACGAGCGCCCCUUCAUCUGCUCCCUGGCGGCCGACAACGGCAUCAUGUCCUGCCGAGACGUCCCGGCGAGGAGGGAGGAGGGCCGCAAGUGCUGCCUGGACAAAGACGACUUCCUGCACAGACAGGAACUGGGCCUGAGCCCCGAGCCGCUGGUGAACGGGAGCCUGGCCGCGGCGGGGCUCUGCAUCAACUGGAACCAGUACUACACCCGCUGCUACACCGGCCCCACCAACCCGCAGAAGGGCGCCAUCAACUUCGACAACAUCGGCUACGCCUGGAUCGUCAUCUUCCAGGUGAUCACGCUGGAGGGCUGGGUGGAGAUCAUGUACUACGUGAUGGAUGCUCACUCCUUCUACAACUUCAUCUACUUCAUCGUGCUCAUCAUCGUGGGCUCCUUCUUCAUGAUCAACCUGUGCCUGGUGGUCAUCGCCACGCAGUUCUCGGAGACCAAGAAGCGGGAGCACCAGCUGAUGCAGGAGCAGAAGGCCUUCUGCGGGUCCUCCAGCACACUGGCCAGCCUGGCCGAGCCGGGCGACUGCUACGAGGAGAUGUUCCAGUACGUGUGUCACGUCCUGCGCAAAGCCCGCCGGCGGUCCGUCGCGCUGUUCCGCGCCCUGCGGGGCCGCCCCGCGCCACCAGGGGGCGCCAGAGCCACGGGCCACACGCCCGGGAGGAGGGGGAGCCCGGCCGCCGGAGACCGCCACCACCCACGACACCGCUCGUCCCGCUGUCCACUCCACAGCGACCCUGAGCACCUGUCCGUCUCUCCCGGCACCGACGCGUGCCCGCAGUGCGCUGCUGCCCUGUCACUCAGGGACGGGGCGGGGCCUGCCGGCUCCACGGCCAAUGAGGAGGCGGAGGAGGGCGCGGUGGAGGAGACGGACGGGCGGGGUGGCCAGUCGGAGGGGGAGAGGGAGGACGGCGCAGAGGGGAGGCCGGGCCUGAACGGUGGGCGCUGUGAAUACAUCUGGAGACAGAUUAGGAUCAAGCUCCGCGGCAUCGUGGAGAGCAAGUACUUCAACAGAGGAAUUAUGAUCGCCAUCCUCAUCAACACCAUCAGCAUGGGCAUCGAGCACCACGAGCAGCCAGACGAGCUGACCAACGUGCUGGAGAUCUGCAACAUCGUGUUCACCAGCAUGUUCGCUCUGGAGAUGAUCCUGAAGCUCACCGCCUUGGGCUGCUUCUCCUACCUGCGCAACCCCUACAACAUCUUCGACGGCAUCAUCGUCAUCAUCAGUGUGUGUGAGAUCAUCGGGCAGUCUGACGGUGGGCUGUCGGUGCUCAGAACGUUCCGGUUGCUGCGGGUGCUGAAGCUGGUGCGCUUCAUGCCGGCUCUGCGGCGGCAGCUGGUGGUGCUGAUGAAGACCAUGGACAACGUGGCCACCUUCUGCAUGCUGCUCAUGCUCUUCAUCUUCAUCUUCAGCAUCCUGGGAAUGCACAUCUUUGGGUGCAAGUUCAGCUUGAAGACAGACACGGGGGACACCGUCCCCGACAGGAAGAACUUUGACUCUCUGCUGUGGGCCAUGGUCACCGUUUUCCAGAUCCUGACUCAGGAGGACUGGAACGUGGUUCUGUAUAACGGCAUGGCCUCCACCUCUCCCCUGGCUGCUCUGUACUUUGUGGCCCUCAUGUCCUUCGGGAACUACGUGCUGUUCAACCUGCUGGUGGCCAUUCUGGUGGAGGGCUUCCAGGCCGAGGGGGAUGCCAACCGCUCGUACUCUAGGGAUGACAUGUCCUCGUCAAACUCUGACGAGAGUGAGAAGCGGAAAGACUCCCUCCAGCUCUCAGAUCCGAAAAUCUCCACCCUCACCCCCAACGGGCACCUGGAGCUUGGGCCGCCUCCCCCUGGCACCGGGGGCUACCAUGGGGACAGGCUGGGCUUGGCUCGGGGGACCCGAAAAAGCAGCGUGAUGUCUCUGGGCCAGGCCAACCUGGAGCAGCGGCCUCUGGUGGGAGGGAGACGUUCCAGCUACCACAAUUGGGGGCGCCCUCCCGCUCAGUCGGGCUGGAACCGGAGGUCCAGCUGGAACAGCCAGCGCAGGACGUCCCGAGGCCUGGGCGUGGGGGUGGCGGGGGGCAGCCUGCGGGCGCGGCACCCCCACUACAACGCAGCCGAGCAGGAGUCCCUCCUCUCCCCCCCGCCCUUCCUGUCCCGCCGCCUGCCCCCCAGCCGUGCCCGGAGAGCCCUCUCCCUGGAGCUCCCCGAACCCCUGCCGGCCUCCGGCCCCCCAAACCUGCCCCCGCUCCCCCGCAAGAAGAGCGUGUCCGGGGGAGCCAGCGGGGAGCACCACGACUGCAACGGCAGGACUCACACCCCCCAGCCUCCGCUCCUGGCUGAGGUGUUCCCCCAGCUCAACACCAAGGAGAGGGCUCGACUGGAGGAGGAGAUGGACUACAGUCUGUGUUUUCGGAUCCAGAAGAUGAUCGAGGUGUACCGACCCGAGUGCUGUGAGUUGCGGGAGGACUGGUCCGUCUAUCUCUUCUCCCCACAGAACAAGUUCAGGCAGCUCUGCCAGAACAUCAUCGCACACAAGCUGUUUGAUUACGUGGUGCUGGUCUUCAUCUUCCUCAACUGCAUCACCGUGGCCCUGGAGAGACCCAAGAUCCACCAGGGCGGCGUGGAAAGACUCCUCCUCACCAUCUCCAACUACAUCUUCACCACCAUCUUUGUUGCAGAGAUGACUUUAAAGGUGGUGUCCAUGGGCCUGUACCUGGGAGAUAAGGCCUAUUUGCGCAGCAGUUGGAACAUUCUGGAUGGUUUCCUGGUCUUUGUGUCGCUGAUUGAUAUUGUGGUGUCCAUGGCGGGCGGGGCCAAAAUCCUCGGCGUGUUGCGAGUGCUGAGGCUUCUCCGGACCCUGCGGCCCCUGAGGGUCAUCAGCCGAGCGCCGGGGUUAAAGUUGGUGGUGGAGACCCUUAUCACAUCCCUCAAGCCCAUUGGCAACAUUGUUCUGAUCUGCUGCGCUUUCUUCAUCAUUUUUGGCAUUCUAGGGGUCCAGCUAUUCAAAGGCAAGUUCUUCUACUGCGCGGGGCCAGAUGUGAAGAACAUCACCAACAAGUCCGACUGUUUCUCAGCCAAUUACAAGUGGGUCCACCACAAGUACAACUUCGACAACCUGGGACAGGCACUGAUGUCCCUCUUUGUGCUGGCUUCCAAAGAUGGCUGGGUCGACAUCAUGUACCACGGCCUAGAUGCAGUCGGCAUUGACCAGCAGCCCUCCAUUAACAACAACCCCUGGAUGCUGCUGUACUUCAUCUCCUUCCUGCUCAUCGUCAGCUUCUUCGUGCUCAACAUGUUCGUGGGCGUGGUGGUGGAGAACUUCCACAAGUGCCGGCAGCACCAGGAGGUGGAGGAGGCCAAGCGGAGGGAGGAGAAGAGGCUGAGGAGGAUGGAGAAGAAGAGAAGGAAGGCUCAGAAACUGCCGUAUUACUCCGGCUACAGUCACGUGCGUCUGAUGGUCCACACUCUCUGCACCAGCCACUACCUGGACCUCUUCAUCACCUUCAUCAUCUGUGUCAACGUGGUCACCAUGUCCCUGGAGCACUACAGCCAGCCACAAUCCCUGGAGAGGGCCCUCAAGUACUGCAACUACUUCUUCACCGCCACCUUCGUGCUGGAGGCCGUCCUGAAGCUCAUCGCGUUCGGCUUCCGCCGCUUCUUCAAAGACAGGUGGAAUCAGCUGGACCUGGCCAUUGUGCUGCUGUCAGUGAUGGGCAUCACGCUGGAGGAGAUCGAGAUCAACGCCUCACUGCCCAUCAACCCCACCAUCAUCCGCAUCAUGAGAGUGCUACGCAUCGCCCGCGUGCUCAAGCUGUUGAAGAUGGCCACAGGGAUGCGUGCUCUGUUGGACACAGUGGUUCAGGCUCUGCCGCAGGUGGGGAACCUGGGCCUGCUGUUCAUGCUGCUGUUCUUCAUCUACGCCGCCCUCGGAGUGGAGCUGUUCGGAGAGCUGGUGUGCAACGCGGAUUACCCCUGCGUGGGGAUGAGUCGGCACGCCACCUUCGAGAACUUCUGCAUGGCCUUCCUCACCCUCUUCCAGGUCUCCACCGGAGACAACUGGAACGGCAUCAUGAAGGACACGCUGCGGGAGUGCCCGCCGGGCGAGCACACGUGUAACCCCAGCCUGCAGUUCAUCUCGCCGCUGUACUUCGUCAGCUUCGUGCUGACGGCGCAGUUCGUGCUGAUCAACGUGGUGGUGGCCGUGCUGAUGAAGCACCUGGACGACUCCAACAAGGAGGCGCAGGAGAACGCCGAGAUGGACGCCAAGAUCGAGCUGGAGCAGGAAGGCCGCUGCUGUCUGGGGGCCCUCGCAGGGCCCGGGGCCGGGCUGGGAGCCGGGCUGGGGGUCGGGCCGGGGGCCGGGCCGGGAGUGGGAGACGGAACCAACCGGCAGAGCCUGGGCACCAACGCCAACAUCAACCCCACCAGCUCCACCCCCCACCGAUGCGCCCGCGACCCCCGCGACCCCCGGAGACUCUACUCCCCAGCGCAGGAGAACCUGUGGCUGGACAGCGUGUCUCUCCUCAUCAGAGACUCCUUUGAGGGGGAGAUGCUGAUGAUCGAUAACCUUUCUGGAUCCGUGUUCCACCACUACUCCUCUCCUUCCUCCUGCAAGGACUGCUGCAAGCACCACCCGCAGCAGAUCCAGUUGGCCGAGAUAGAGCAGGCGUCUCUGAUGUCAGAGCAGCUAUCGGACAAGUCCUCGUCCCUGGCUCUCCCCGAUGACCUCAGCUUGGACGACCACAGCUCCUACCAGCUCCUGGUGAGAGACAGCAAGGAGGGCAGGAGCAGCAGCAUCUCCCACAGCUCUGAGGAGUUGGUGGAAGGAGGUGCAGAGUCUCCGUCCUUCUGCCCCAGGGGUGAGGAGGAGGGAGGGCUGUUUGAGCUCCAGGACCCAGCCCACACACCGGCCCACAGUGCAGAUGGCGCUCUCCUCAGCAGUGGCUGCGGUGGAAGCAGGACCGGGUCCUCCCCUCUCUUUCACCUCCCUGCAGAGUUCUUCCACCCUGCAGCCACGGCCAACCCCAGCAGCCCCGGCCCCAGACUGACCUCCCCAGCCUCCUGGGCCUCCCUCCGCUCCCCUGGGGCCAACAGCAGGGAGCUGGGCCUGCAGCACCCGUCCCACAGUGACUCUUCCCUGGCUACGGGGAGCUCGGAGGGCAGCCUGCAGAUCACCCUGGAGGAGGGCCUGUGCUUCAGCGUCUCGCCCCCUAGAGACCUCCGCCUGCCCCUGCCCCUGCUCUGCCCGAUCCCCGCCGCCUCCGGCUGUCCCCCGGGAGAGACUCUCAGACCCCUCACGCACCCCGAGCCCCCGCCCGCCUUCAACCUCCAGGCCACCAGGGGGCACCAGAGGAGCCAGAGCAGCUGCGGGGGCAGCAGCAGCCCGGGCUGCACCAGGCAGGACUCCAUGGACCCCUCCGACGAGGACCUGGGCAUCGGAGGCGGCGGCUCCAGCCAGGCCUGCAACAGCGAACACUUGUCGGAGACGCUGAGCAGCCUGUCGCUGACCUCGCUGCUCUCCCCCAGCUCGCUGGCACUCCCGCUGGCGAAGAAGUGCAACAGCACCGGCAGCCUGGAGCAGAGGAGCGCGCUGGCGCGCGGGCGGGACGGGCGGCGGCUCUGCGGGACGGACCCCCGGGGGUACCUCUCGAACCCUUGGGCCGAGGAGAGGGGGGACAGGGGAGGGGAGGCCGAGGAGGGCCUCGCGGUGAAGAGCACCAGCCAGACCACAGUCAUGAGCUCCAGGAAAAACAGAUGAAAGCUCCUUCUGUGGUCGGGUCCUCUCCGGGCUAGCCCAACCGCUAACUCACAUGCGUUCUGUGAACUGCUCCCUCUCUUUUGUUCGUGAAGCGUCUCUGUGUUGUGUUUCCCCUGGAACGGCGGAACGGGAGAGCCCCUGAUUUCAGGGAGAGUACGGCGGCUACGUAGAGAGACAGGCGGCCGUCUCCUUCAGAUUGGGCUCAGGGAGGGCGGCGUAGCCUGUUCAGAAGACCACAGCGGAAGUGGGCUAGUGAAGGAUCCACAGGGAAAGGCCAGCACAGAGAAGCCUGGAAAACCCUUGCUGGAUAUUCAGUGGUGUUGAACAGCAUGAUUUUAAUGACUAAAUUAAAGCAAAUGAGCAAAAAAAACAUUUUUCAAACAGGGCCAAUGUAAGGUAUGAAGUCAGUGGUAACUGGAUAAAACGCCAGUGUUUUUGAACAGGCAUUUCAAUGGAAUGUGCACCUAUAAUCGUAACGCCGGCAGUAAUUUAGGGAAUGUUUGUGUUAGGGAUUUGACAGGAAGAGAGAAUUGCUAAUGAUGUUAAAUGAAAUGAAGAGAAAGGGCUAAGAUGACCUGGCCUUCAGACCAGACCCUCUCCCUCUGAGAAAGAAAAUUGAGCUUUCAUGAAUAAUUUGUGUUCGGAAUAUGCCACAGGGCAAGUGUGUGUGUGUGUGUGUGUGUGCAGGUGUGCAUGGGUGUGUGUGUGUGUGUGUAUAUGUGUGUGUAUGCAUGUGUGAGCGUGUGUUAAUGCAUGUGUGUAUGUGCGUUUAUGCAUAUGUUUAUGUGUGUAUGCAUGUGUGAGCGUGUGUUUAUGCACAUGUGUGAGCGUGUGCAUGCAUGCGUAUGUGUGUUUGUAUGUGUGUGUAUGCAUGUGUGAGCGU